AUGGAAGAAAACCAGGCCGUUCAAUACUUGGAGAGCCUUUUGGGUCGUACCAUGCGGAUACACACAACAGAUACUCGAAUGUUUAUUGGACUAUUCAAGUGCACCGAUGCUGAUCGGAACAUUAUCCUCGCCAACUCAUUUGAAUAUCGUAUGCCCACCACAGCUUCCGUACAAGCCGCUGUGAAAGAAAAGGAUGCGUGGGGAGAAGGAUCCGAAGGGAAAGCCACAACUGUCAAGGUGAACAUGACGCACCGGCUGAUAGGUCUAAUCGUGAUUCCUGGACGACACAUCACGAAAAUAGAGCUGGAGUAA